UAGAGUCAGAUUGGAAACAAAAACAAGCUUGUGUUGUUCUUGCCUCCUUGAAGAAAAAAAGAAGAAAAGAGUUUAGCUUUUAAACCCAAAACCUCGUAUACAAGAAUCAAAGUAAACACAAAAAGAAAGAUCUCAUUCAAAUGGAUCAAUCGCAGCAGCAGCGCACAAUCACUGCUCCUUCAUCAUCUAGAUCGUACCAGUUUCAUCCCGCGCGUGCCAAGAUCAUCGACCUCUUCAAUCUCUACUUAGGGAGAGGAAGCCGGCAAAAGCCUGAUGAGCCUGUUCGAGAUCCUCCGAACAAGUCUCAGAAGCGUGUUCAUGCUCCAAGUAGAGACUUACCACCUGGAAACGAGCACUUCAUUGUGGACUUCCAGCAGCUUCAAACCCAAUUCAAUGACCCUGAUCAGUUAAGAGCAAUCACAGAGUCGGUUUUGGUAACUAUGGUGUUACAGUGUAGCAACCAUGCACCUAGAGCUGAGUUUCUUCUCUUUGCCUUGCGUGCAUUGUUCAGAAUUGGUUACGUUAACUGGGAUACCUUCUUACCAUCCCUUCUCUCCUCGGUCUCCGCUGCUGAGGCCUCACUAAACCAAGCAGCAACGGCUGCUUCUUCUGCUACUACUUCUUCACAGUCUUUAGUUCCUGUGGGUAUUGGUUCUCCAGGACCUUCCGGUAAUGAACAAGCUCCUGUAACUCCUUUGGCGAAAGAUACUGCUGUGAGAAGUAGUCAACGCGUAAGAGCUGCAGCUGUAAACAGUCUGCGUCAGAUCAGUUGCAAGAUUAUCUUGAUCGGCAUUGAGUUUAAUCUCAAACCCAUCACUCAUGCCGACAUCUUUCAGUACUUGAUGAACUGGCUUGUGAACUGGGACAUGAGAGAGAUGGGAGCUGAGAAGAGUUUGGCUGAAUGGUUAAGGAGCUGUUUGGAAGUGAUUUGGCUGUUGGUGGAAGAGGGUAAAUCUCGGAUCCCGUUUUAUGAGUUACUGCGCAGUGGUUUGCAGUUUAUAGAGAACAUACCUGAUGAUGAAGGGUUGUUCACUCUUGUCAUGGAGAUACACCGGAGGCGAGAUGCUAUGGCUAUGCACAUGCUCAUGUUGGACCAACAUCUCCACUGUCCAACGUUUGGUACCCAUCGGAUCUCGUCUCAGACACCUGCCAAUGUUUCGGUUGAAGCUGUGGCUCACCUUCGCUACUCGCCUAUUACUUAUCCAAGUGUACUUGGGGAACCUUUAUGUGGAGAGGAUCUGGCAAUGUCUAUUCCACAAGGAAGCCUGGACUGGGAGAGAGCAGUGCGUUGCAUUAGGCAUGCUAUUCGAACUACGCCUUCGCCGGACUGGUGGAAGCGUGUUCUUGUUGUGGCUCCCUGUUAUAGACCUUCUUCACAAGCAGGGCCUAUCCCUGGUGCUGUUUUCACUUCUGACAUGAUUUGUGAGGCAAUCAUUGACAGGAUUGUUGAGCUUCUUAAGCUGACCAACUCAGAUGCAAAUUGCUGGCAAGAGUGGCUUGUUUUCUCAGAUAUAUUCUUCUUCCUAAUCAAAAGUGGAUGUACUGAUUUUGUUGAUUUUAUUGACAAGUUGGUGUUACGCCUUAACGGUGAUGAUAACCAUAUUCUUCGAACGAAUCAUGUGACGUGGUUGCUUGCACAAAUAAUACGCGUGGAGCUUGUGAUGACUGCUUUGAACUCCGAUCUUAAAAAGGUGGAGACUACCAGGAAGAUCUUAUCAUUUCAUAGGGAAGAUAGAACCGAUCCUAAUAACCCUCAAAGCGUGUUGCUUGACUUCGUAAGCAGUUGUCAGAACCUACGGAUUUGGUCACUAAGCGCAACAACUAGGGCUUACCUAAACAAUGACCAGCUCUUGAAGGGAAAACAGAUUGAUGAGUGGUGGAGAAGCAAAGGAGAGCGGAUGAUGGAUUAUAUGAAUUUGGAUGAUAGGUCCAUUGGCAUGUUUUGGGUUGUUUCCUACACCAUGGCACAACCGGCGUGUGAAACAGUUAUAAACUGGCUGUCUUCUUCCGGCAUGGCUGAGUUACCAGGGUUGCAACCAAACGAAAGAGUAAUGAUGAUGCAGGAAGUGACCCCAUUACCAAUGUCACUGUUAUCUGGCUUUUCAAUGAACUUGUGCUUGAAAUUAGCCCUUCAGAUGGAAGAAGCUUUGUUUGUUAGCCAGGUUGUUCCUAGCAUUGCAAUGGUUGAGACAUACACAAGGUUGCUCCUCAUUUCUCCUCACUCUAUGUUCCGUUCACAUUUCAGUCAAUUGGCCCAGAGAAGUGCUUCUCUGCUAAGCAAGCCAGGGGUGACUUUACUUGUUCUUGAGAUUCUGAACUAUCGUUUGCUUCCUCUAUACAGAUACCAAGGAAAAAGCAAAACCUUAAUGUAUGAUGUUACUAAAAUAAUCUCUGCACUGAAAGCAAAACGUGGCGACCACCGUAUAUUCAGACUAGCCGAAAACUUGUGCAUGAAUCUCAUUUUAUCACUCAGAGACUUCUUCUCUGUUAAACGGGAAGGAAAAGGGCCAACGGAAUUCACCGAGACAUUGAACCGCAUAACAAUCAUGACUCUUGCCAUCACAAUCAAAACACGUGGAAUCGCAGAUGCUGAUCACUUGGUUUAUCUGCAAACCAUGUUGGAACAGAUACUCGCGACGAGUCAGCAUACAUGGUCAGAGAAGACGCUGCGGCAUUUCCCGUCUCUUCUCCGUGAGGCUUUGAUGGGACGGGUAGACAAGAGGGGGCUAUCAAUCCAGGCUUGGCAACAGGCUGAGACAACUGUGAUAAACCAGUGCACUCAGCUUCUUUCACCGUCUGCUGAACCUGCUUACGUUAUGACGUACCUCAGUCACAGUUUUCCUCAGCACCGUCAGUAUCUAUGCGCUGGUGCUUGUAUGCUGAUGCAAGGCCACCCUGAUAACGUCAACAGCGCUAAUCUGGCAAGGGUGCUGAGAGAGGUUUCACCUGAAGAAGUCACUGCUAACAUAUACACUUUGGUAGAUGUUUUGCUUCACAAAGUUCAUGUAGACCUUCAGCGAGGACACAAUAUAAAGGAGAUUCUAGAUAAGCAUGAUGCAAAUCUUGCGUUUUUCUUCUGGACACAUGAAAUGCUUCCACUCGACAUUUUUAUUCUGGCGCUCAUUGACCGUGAUGAUGAUCCCCACGCCUUGAUAAUUGCUAAAAUUCUACUUGAGAGACCGGAGCUUAUGCAGAGGAUUAACAUGUACUGCGCAAACCGUGGGCCUCCUGAACACUGGCUUUUCACACAGGUAUUCAAACGCAAUGAACUCCAGAAGGCUCUUGGUAACCAUCUUUCUUGGAAAGACAGGUAUCCAACGUUCUUUGAUGAUAUUGCGGCGCGUUUGCUUCCAGUUAUACCUCUAGUGGUGUACAGGCUAAUCGAGAACAAUGCCAUGGAUACAGCUGAUAAAAUUCUGACUGCCUACUCUCAUUUCCUGGCUUAUCAUCCUCUCAGAUUCACGUUUGUCCGCGACAUCCUCGCCUAUUUCUACGGUCAUCUUCCCGGUCAACUUGUUGUGAAGAUUCUCAGAGUCCUUGGUCUCAGCAAGAUUCCAUUCUCUGAAUCAUUCCCUCAGUACAUCAGCAACCCAAGUUCCCCUACAUGCCCUCCUCUUGAUUACUUCGCCACUCUUUUGUUGAAUCUCGUAAACAACGUCAUACCUCCACUUAGCAGCAGCAACUGUAGCUCAAGGUCUGGCUCAAUGGCGGACAUGUUAAACACCUCAGCGAGACCUCUUCAUGGGAAAACUCCAGGAGCAUCUCAGCCCGGACCAGCAAACGCCUCUGAGGGACAGAAAGCUUUCUAUCAGAUCCAAGACCCUGGAACUUACACUCAACUGGUUCUCGAAACGGCUGUGAUCGAGAUCCUCUCUCUUCCUGUCUCAGCUUCUCAGAUUGUCUCCUCUCUUGUCCAGAUAAUCGUCAACAUACAGUCCACGCUUAUUCAAUCCGGCAACGGCUUCCACGGCGCUGCAAACGGAGUGGGGCAAGGCUCGGUACUGCCUACGUCUCCCUCGGGAGGGAGCACUGACUCCAUGAGCGCAAGCCGGUCUACUUGUAUGAACACAGCGAGCUUUGUCUCUAGAAGCGGUUACACAUGUCAACAGCUGUCGUGUCUGUUGAUUCAAGCUUGCGGGCUUCUGCUUGCUCAGCUCCCUCCAGAUUUUCACACGCAGCUUUACAUGGAGGCUUCACGUGUGGUAAGGGAAACGUGGUGGCUUACUGACGGGAAGAGAUCACAAGGUGAGCUAGACUCGGCUGUUGGAUAUGCUCUGAUGGAUCCUACAUGGGCUGCUCAGGACAACACCUCAACCGCCAUUGGGAAUAUAGUGGCCUUGCUUCACGCUUUCUUCAGCAAUCUCCCACAAGAAUGGCUUGAUGGCACGCAUCUCAUCAUCAAGAACCUCCGGCCUGUGACAUCUGUUGCAAUGCUUAGAGUCGUAUUCCGUAUUAUGGGACCACUUCUUCCCAGGCUUGCUAACACCCAUGCGCUCUUUAACAAGACGCUAGCCCUUCUCUUGAGCACAAUGGUAGAUGUUUUCGGAAAAAACUCGCAGACACAGGUCCCUGUUGAAGCAUCCCAGAUUGCAGAUCUUAUCGAUUUCCUACACCAUGUUGUUCACUACGAGGGACAAGGAGGAGCAGUUCAAAGUAGCAGCAAGCCGAGACCAGACAUAUUGGCUUUAAUCGGAAGAGCAGCAGAUUCUCUCCGACCUGAUGUACAACACCUUCUCUCUCACCUCAGAACCGAUCCCAAUUCGUCUAUAUAUGCUGCUGCUCUUCAGAAUACCGCAAAGACCAACACCUCUUAGAAAGAAACUCAUAUGUAAUAUGUUGUGUCCAUGGGUGGAGGCAAAGUUGUAGCGAUAGAAAGGAGCACAUAAACUGAUUCUCAUCUACAACUUGUUCUGGUAAGUUUGGUCCGUGGUUACAACUAAUUUUAUGUGUAUUGUAUAUAUGUAUUAUCAGUGAUAACGUUUUGUCUCUAUUUAAUUACUUCCACUACUAGAGACCAAAGAAUAGCUUGUCUUCAUGGAGACUAGUCUGAUUGUCUAAAUAUGAAUAUGCAUGUCAUAAAUAUAUUUUCUAUUGGUAUUAAAUGUUAAAUCGGAAUAUUACACAUGUUUA